ACAAUCGAACAAUAAUAUAAUAUACAUAUAUGAUUCCGAUGUGCAUGUUCGAUGUCUUGAUGUGGAACACACAACUGAACUUGGAACCAACAGGGACUUUCAAUGGCAACUCGAGCAGUGGAUCAACAUGGAGACCAUCCCACCUGUGAGAAAGAAGACUGAAAUCCGUUCAGUAGAAGACCAGAAAGCAUUAGAUAUCUUGCACACAACUACAAAAAGAUUACCAUCGGGUGACGCUUUUGAAUCAGGAAUUCUGUGGAGAGAUCCGGAGGUUGUGCUUCCGAACAAUCGAAAGGCAGCAGAAGCGCAGCUACACGCACUCGAACGCCGCUUAGAUCGUGAUCCGCAGCUGAAGCAAGCUUAUCAGGCAUCUAUCACCAAUGACGUGGAGAAGGGGUACAUAAGGAAGCUAAAUAAACAUGAAGUACAGGCAACAGUCAGUAACAGAAUAAACUACUUGACGCAUCAUCCCGUGAGAAACCCAAAGAAGCCGGGCAAAGUACGGCGCGUGUACAAUGCGGCAGCGAAAUACGAUGGGAAGUCUUUAAACGAUUUUAUUUACACGGGUCCAGAUCUACUAAAUCCACUGUUUGGCGUGUUACUCAGGUUCAGACAAGGACGUAUAGCACUAUGCUCAGACAUUAAAGACAUGUUCCUGCAGAUGCGAGUAGUAGAAGAAGACCUUCCAGCACUACGGUUCCUAUUCAGAGAUUCGAAAGAUGAAGAGCCAAGUGUAUACCAAUGUUUAAGAAGACCUUUUGGUGAACGCUCAGCACCCACCUGCGCCAAUUACAUAAUGAAACGAAAUGUGGAGGACUUUCAACAGCAAUACCCAACAGCCGCUGAAGCUGUGAGAAAGAAUCUCUAUGUCGAUGAUUCACUGAAUUCGCUAAACGAUGAAGACGAAGCCGUUGCCCUACGUCAAGAACUAACCGAGCUUAUGAAACACGGCGGUUUCACUCUCACGAAAUGGUUAAGCAAUAGCCAAACUGUGAUGAAAGAGAUCCCAGAAUCUGACAAAGUCCCAACGAAGGAAGUGAAACUUGGUGACUUACCGAGAUCCCAAGCUCUUGGUGUGCAUUACAACGCUCAGACGGACAGCCUGCACUUAUCAGCUCCAAAGAAACCACCAGCCAAGACACCACAGGAGAUCCUAAGUCGCAUUGCCUCAGUCUGGGACCCACAUGGAUGGCUAAGCCCGUUCACAAUUCGAGGACGAGUACUUCAGCAGCAACUCUGUUUGGAGGAAGUAGGAUGGGAUACCGAGAUUCCAGAGGACCAGCUCAGAGAGUGGAAAAAAUGGGAAGACGAAGUCCAGGCAGUCGAAAGCGUCACAGUUCCUAGAUGCUUGAGAUCCUCUGAUGACACCCCAAGUGAGGUACAACUACAUGUAUUUUCCGAUAGUUUGAAACAAGCAAAAUGUGCCGCAGGUUAUCUACGCUUUUCCUAUCCUAAUGGCAACGUACAUUGUUCCCUCGUCGCCGCCAGAUCGAGAGUCGCCCCCAAGAAGAGAAUGACCACACCACGCCUGGAAUUAGACGCAGCUUGCAUGGCGGUAAAGUUGGCACUCACGUUGAUUGAGGAACUAGAUUAUCACAUCACAGCAGUGACAUUCUGGAUUGAUUCUAUGGUCGUGCUUCACUGGAUUCACCAACCCAGCAACAGGUAUCGCCAUUAUGUUGCUCAUAGAAUCGUUGAUAUUGGAGAAGAUCUCAAGAAGUUAGAAGCAGAUGGUGAAAGAAGGGUGCAAGUAAAGUAUGUUCCGACAAGUGUGAACAUCGCCGACGCCGGCACAAGAGGGCUUAAACUUCCAGAAACAACAUCUGAAAGCACCUGGCAAUGUGGUCCUGAGUUUCUUUAUCACGCUGAAAGUAUGUGGCCCCAGGGGCGGAUCUAGGGGUCGUCAAGUCAGUCGCGCGACUGAAGUAAAAAUUGCCUACUUAAUUAAAAAAAUUCGACUCCAGCUAUCUAUAGCGGCCAGUAGAUCGAGUUAUUAAAAUUUUGAAUCGUAGUCCAGUUAUACGUUUCAUGCUGCGGCAGAGCUUCGGCAAAGUAAUGUUAGUCAGUCACGAACAGCGGUCUUACGCAUGAAUGUUGACGGAUUCGGGGGUUGAAUCCGGCUAUCUGAUUGGCUGACGCGCUCAUUUCCAUGGUUACAGCCAUUUGCGACGGAUCUGUGGGGAGGCCUGACGGAUUUGCAGAUUCAGGGGCUCUGUACGAGUCUUCUGAUUGAACCAUUUAAAAAUAUUCUGCACUGUCAUUGGCUUAUAUUUUCGACGGAUUCGCAGCGUGGGGUAUUCGUCAACACGGCAUUUGGUGUUUUAUACCUCCUGAAUGUUUACUAUUUCGAACGUCUGGCAUGUGAGAAAUUUUACUAUUAUAUUUUUACGAGCGAUCUCUGCCAGCGAUAUGUCAUAUCUGGAAACAUUUUCGACAAUAUUCAGUUUGCGAUUGCGGCAAACGAUUUAGAAUCUCUACAACGUUUGUAUACGGAGCUUGAGAAGAAUAUCGAUGCUUCACGGACAAAUCCUGUUGACGAGCUACUGAACGGCAAAGUGAGCGCCAUCAACAACACAAGCAGAAGCCUCGCUAGAAAUUUUGGCGCAGAGAGCUACAUUCCGAAGUAUGUUCGAGAUAAGAAAGACAAAGCUUGCACUGCAAUAAGGUAGAGAAAUUUAUGGUUUUAUAAUGAUGUAUCUUUAGUUUAUAUUAAUUAAACCGAAGAACCAAAGCCGUCGGUGUUGUUAAUGAUUGUUAGACAUAUGAUAUUUUAAUAUUCGCUAUGCUGUAUUAGCAUAAUUCUCGCGUCAAGAAGCUAAAAUAUGUUUUAUUCAAUGUCCACAUUGUAAGCAUUUGUUGAUUCUCGUGUUUAUAGUGAAGUUUUAUUUAAGAUUUAUUUAUAUUUAUGCAUCGAUCACACAACAUGUCGGCCUUAUAGAAUACUGUUUGUCCAUAGCCUAUCGACACGGCUUGCCGCUUGUUAGACCGCAUUGGUCUGGUGUAACAUGAUGAUGUGAAAUAUUUAAUAAGCUAGCUUGAAAAGCUCAUUGACUGGUAGCCAUUCUCAUGUAACUAGUUUAUUAAUAUUUGACAUAACAUCUUUAUAUCUUGUUAAUGUAAUAGUGUUUGACUUAGUUAUGAAUAUCUGGUUGUUUUUUUUUGGAUCUGAGGCUACUAGCAAUUAUUUGUAUAGUUCUGCGUUUUUGGUAACAGAACAGUAUAUUUCCUUAAUGCAUUUGCUGCCAUAUGAUUUUACAAGUUUUACAAUGAUACACUUAUAGGUAUAUAGUAUCAAUAUGACGACGAUUGAUUAAUCCACAGGCAAACAUGUUAUUAAAUUGCUGCUGAGUUUUAAUGUACUGUAUCAUAGUAAUAUAUCCAUAAAAUUUUGUAUUGGAAUAGGAUCAAUAUAUCUUUGUGCAUUUGUAGUUUUUCUUACAAUGGAUAAGAAUCAAAUGUUCGUUUGAGUUUAUCAAUUUAAAUUUAAUCUAAAUACGUUUUUCACGCCCAGUCGAGACCACACCCAGCGCUGACAACGCCCCGCGCUGACAACGCCCCGUCCGCCAAAAAUUUUUGACUGAGGUACGAAAAAUCCUAGAUCCGCCCCUGUGUGGCCCCGACGUCCUGACGAGGGGGAGGUAAUCGACGAAGAACCAGAACUAAGAAAACAAGCCCAUACACGGUCGACCGCAGUUGAGGAGUCAAAACAAGCAAUCAUGAACUUAAAUCGAUUCUCGUCUUUCGAGAAAGCAAAGAGAGUAGUCGCAAACGUCCUAAAGUUCAUCGCCCUGACGCGUAAAAAGGUGAACGCGAGAAAGAUUGGAUCAACCCAAAGCCUCACAGCCGACAACUUGCACCAAGCGGAAACGCUAUUACUUCAACAAGCACAGAUCGAAAGCUUUCCUCACGAAGUGGAAGCGUUAACUAAUGGCAAACCAAUCAGCAAGAAUUCACGCCUAGUCAAGCUCUCGCCGUUUAUCGACGCAACCGACGGAUUAAUAAGAGUCGGAGACCGUAUACAAGACGUCCCAGUAACAUACGACACCCGUCACCCAAUAGUUGUCGAUGGAAAAUCGGAGAUUGGUCGCUUAAUCAUUACCGAAUCUCAUCACCAACUUAGUCAUGGUCCAACCGACUACGUAUUAAGCUCAAUAAGGACACGCUAUUGGCUAGUGAAUGGCAGAUCGGAAAUCAAGAAAUAUGCAAAUAAAUGUCUCUACUGCAAAAAGCGAAGAGUAAAGCCGAUGCCACCUCGCAUGGGGAAUCUGCCCAGAAGACGCCUUACACCGUUCUUACCUCCGUUCAUGCACACCUUUGUUGACCUGUUCGGUCCAAUCUACAUUAAGCAGCGUCGAAGUAAGUUAAAGAGAUGGUGCGUGUUGUUUUGCUGUGCAAAUGUAAGAGCCAUUCAUUUGGAAGUAGUCGAGACACUUGAAACUGAUGCGUUCUUGAACUGUCUCACUCGUUUUGCGAAUCGCCGUGGCUACCCCAAAACGAUCACUUCAGACCGAGGUACAAACUUUGUAGGAGCAGAGCGAGAGAUGGGUGAAGGAUGGGAGCGGCUUGCACACAAUCGGAUUGAGCAGAACCUUACCAAGCACGGAACUGACUGCAUGGAAUUUUCAUCCACCAAAUGCCCCUCAUAUGAAUGGAGCGGUAGAAAGAUUGGUAAAAUCCUGCAAACGAGCUCUUCAUGCUAUUCUUUUAAAUCGACGCGUGGACUCAGAUGUCUUGCAUACUGCAUUGGUAGAGGUGGAAGGUAUCCUUAACUCACGACCGAUUACACCAGUCAGCUCCGAUCCACUUGACCUCGAGGCGCUGACUCCCAACCAUAUCCUAAUCCAUCGACCCAACCUGAAUUCACCCUUCGACGUGGUGAGUGAUUGUGAGAUAAACUCGAGGAAGAAAUAUCGGCAAGCACAAGUCCUCGCAAAUAUGUUUUGGAAUCGAUGGCUUAAAGAGUACCUUCCAUUAUUAACGAAAAGAAACAAAUGGACAGACGAAGUGAGAAAUUUGGAGAAGGACGACUUAGUACUGGUUGUAGAACCUAAUGUAUCGCGUGGCUCACGGGGAGAGUUUUGCGUUCGUUCCCUGGCAAAGACGGAAGAGUCCAAAGUGCAGAAGUGA